GGACGAGCAUAGUAGCCGAGAGCUGCCUGUUAUAUCAAUCACGGAGCUGGGAUCUAUUUAUAGGUUGGGACUCAGAGUUCUGUGUCCUUAGUCACAAAGAGAGACAGAGACGCAGAGGGGACUCUUGGCUGGUGCAAGCGGAACCAAAAGAUAUUUAAUCAGCAAUUAGAAACACCUGAGGGGCAAAGGAAAUUCUACCCUGGUCCUGAGGUUCAUCUCUCAACCGGAAUUAUGCUGCUAGGGAGAAUGUCCACAGAUGAGCGGCACCUGACCUCCAGUUGUGGAUCGUUCAUCAAGACCGAGCCAUCCAGCCCAUCCUCUGGCAUUGAUGCCAUCAGCCACCACAGUCCAAGUGGGUCUUCUGAUGCAAGCGGUGGUUAUGGCAUGACUAUGGGUGGCCACCCCAAUGGCCUGGACUCACCACCCAUGUUCAGCAGUGCAGGGAUUGGUGGCGGGCCCUGCCGCAAGAGAUAUGAUGACUGUGCCAGUGCCAUCAUGGAAGACUCGCCCACCAAGUGCGAGUACAUGCUCAACGCCAUCCCCAAGAGGCUCUGUCUAGUGUGUGGGGACAUUGCAUCUGGAUAUCACUAUGGAGUGGCCUCCUGUGAAGCAUGCAAAGCCUUCUUCAAACGGACAAUUCAAGGGAACAUCGAAUACAGCUGUCCAGCCACCAAUGAGUGUGAAAUCACAAAACGGAGGCGCAAGUCCUGUCAAGCAUGUCGCUUUAUGAAAUGCCUCAAAGUGGGGAUGCUGAAGGAAGGGGUGCGCCUGGAUCGAGUCCGUGGAGGCCGCCAGAAGUACAAAAGAAGGCUAGACUCCGAAAGCAGCACUUAUCUGAGCUUACAAAUUCCUCCUCCAGCCAAAAAGCCAUUGACUAAGAUUGUCUCCCACUUGCUGGUGGCAGAGCCAGAGAAAAUUUACGCAAUGCCUGAUCCUACUAUGCCAGAGAGUGACAUAAAAGCCCUGACCACACUCUGUGAUUUGGCAGACCGAGAGCUGGUUGUGAUAAUUGGCUGGGCAAAGCACAUUCCAGGUUUUUCCAAUCUUUCUCUGGGGGACCAGAUGAGCCUAUUGCAGAGUGCCUGGAUGGAGAUCCUCAUCCUGGGUAUUGUAUACCGCUCUUUGCCCUAUGAGGAUAAACUGGUCUAUGCCGAAGAUUACAUAAUGGAUGAGGAACACUCUCGCUUGACAGGGCUACUGGAGCUCUACCUGGCCAUCCUGCAGCUGGUGCGCAGGUAUAAGAAGCUGAAGGUUGAAAAGGAAGAGUUUGUCACACUCAAGGCCCUGGCUCUUGCCAAUUCAGAUUCAAUGCACAUAGAGGACAUGGAGGCAGUGCAGAAACUGCAGGACCUCCUCCACGAAGCCCUUCAGGACUACGAGCUGAGCCAGCGCCACGAGGAGCCCCGGCGUGCCGGGAAGCUGCUGCUGACCCUGCCCCUCCUGCGGCAAACGGCCGCCAAGGCUGUCCAGCACUUCUACAGCAUCAAACUGCAGGGCAAGGUCCCCAUGCACAAACUCUUCCUAGAAAUGCUCGAGGCCAAGGUCUGACAGGCCCAGCCCCACCACAGUGCCCAGGAAGCAAACUGGAAAGAGAGAUGCGGCUGUGGAGCAAACUGCACAGAGGUGGCAGCUGGCUUUUAUCUCCAAUCAUUUAUUACGGAAGAAUUAUUUAAUGUCCGUCGGGCAGCCCGCCAGCCUGUACGUCCAUCCGAAGAUUAUUGUGUACAGAGGGGGAAACUCUUUUAAUCAACAUCACUCUUUAUUUCUUUGUGGGAAAUUCUAGAACAAGCUCUUGCACUUGCAGAGGGAGCCAUUGGAGCCCCUGAGCAGUGAUGCUCUUUGCACUAUCCAGGGCAGCCGGUUCCUCUCCGUUUCUACCUUCUAGAGAAGGGAUGUGGGGACUGAAGCAGGAAAUGGUGGAAGCUAAGAGUUUAUAACAUCCAUAGCAUGGUGACGUGAGAGGAGAUUGAAAAAAAAAUGUGGGCAUCAGUUGAUCAGCAGCUUGAUACCUUUCUUCAAAGCACAGGCCGAUGGGACAGUUGCUUGUUUGGAGAGGUGCAUCAUGGGACCUCUCAAGUCCAAAAUGGCUGCCUCUUAUGCUCAAGUUACUCAUAAAAUAUGUACAUAGAGAGACCUUCCUUCCGACUGGGAAAGGCAGGCCAGACUGUGUAAGAUAUUCUGUCAUCUUGUACAGUGUCUUUGCACCUGGCUUUCCCCCACCCAUGUGCAAUCACAACAUUCCCAAUGGCUACUAGAGAAGUUAGAGGCAUGUCCUUGAGAAGUUGUUCUCAUUCUCUGAGAGCAUGCAGAGGGAAGGAGCCUGCCAUUGUUGUCCCGGGGCUGCAUUCCUUUGAUAAUCCUUUCAUCUUCCUAUAUGUGGUGCUAUUUAAAACCCCUCUACCUCCUUUCUUCCUUUCCCACUUGGCACAAAUCCAGGGCUACAGGAAGCUCUCUGCCGUGAGCGAGCCCAAAUAAAAUGUUAUCCCAAAUGGGGGCAUAUCCCAGCCCCUCUGAACCAAUGAAUGUUGAGUUCUAAACCCAGAUAUUGAAUAUACUCAGAGUGAGAGCAAAGAGGGGGGGGAAACACCUCAGAAAGCUGCUGGGCUUGUGCCAUGUUAAAAGAACAAAACCAAACCUCUUCAAGGAGAUACUUAAUCCUUGCUUCCUAAAUACCUCCACUUUCUUCCUCAGAUUUGGCAACACUCUCAUUUAGGCCAUUUGCUUGAAUCUGGCCCAGGUUGGUAGCUUCUGGGAGUGGCAGCGGUGUUUAAUUUGAGCCAGAGCUAGUUUUGACUGUCAUGCUUCAGCCUUGAUGCAUGUGAAGUGCUAAGUAAGAGGAUGCUCUGAGAAUGGGCAGUGCAUCUCCCUCACCACUGAGGUAACCACAGUCAGACUCCUGAGCUUAGAGGAAUGGGGCUUCCAGGUAAUAAAAAGACAACUCCCAGGUUGGCUGGGUUCUGACAACCCUCUCUCCUUAGAAAUUAACCAAUGAGGACUAAGCUCAUUUCUUUUCUUCAGAUCAGUUCCGAGGCACCACACAAGCACCGUCGGCAGUGGGUGACCUCCUUCAUUUUGGGCAUUUCAACAGGGUGCAAGUCUUCUCACAGUGCUUUUGGGAUCUGACUGUCAGUUAAGGCAGCAUUGGCCAAGGUGACCAAACAAGUGAGUAUCACUUAGACUAGUCAAACCAGAUGGGGAAACGGAACCAGCCAAAGCAAUAAAGGGCAUGGGUGGCAAAUGCCAAGUGGCUUGCCAAAUGGGUGCUGUGUAUUCGACCAUCUCCCAGGGGUUGUGAGAAGAACAGAGGGCACAUCCUUUUGCUUCCCAAUCACUUCCUUUCUAGUCCAAAGGUCUCUACAAAGAGAGGGAAAAGGGGGAGACCCAGUUGAUUGUAUAAAAUGCCCUUGGGUGGCUGUGAGAGAAAGAUGAAAUUACACAUUGUACCUGUGUAACCAUCUCUGGAUGCGUGUUGUACCACUGGGAGCUGUUUGAGCAGUCCCAUCUGCAUUUACAUAGCAGAUGCUUGAUGUAACUUGUUUUGUUUUUGAAUGGUGAGCAGUUGUGGGAGGCUGAGAGUCUGAGUGGAGGAAUGGCGGAGGAUGGGCUGCAUAACCCUUUCCCCUCCAAAUGCUUUUCUGCUCAAAAUCACUUUCCACCCACCCACCCAAACCACUUUUUUUACCUGUGGUGGAAGAGAUAAAGUACCCUUCCCCAUCACUGUGGUGCACCCACUUUUUGUCAGAGUAUUCCACCUGGCUGAACUCUCCCCGUUCUCCUACUAAUGGUCAUCUUUGUUCUCUGAGUCGUCAAUCAGAUAUCUCUUCUUCACCAAGAAAAGAUACAGAAUUUAGCUGCCAAUGGCCUGAGAAAGAAUUCCUGCCUUCUCUGACACAGAAGGCUUAGGCACAGGUUCCUAGUAGGAGAACUCAUUUAUAGAAAGGAAUCUUUCUCCAUUGCAGCAUUAGGAGAGAAAGUAAGGAGAAGCCUUGCUGGACAGAAGGGGGAAAGGCCAGUGCUGGAAUUCUUAGAGUUCUCAGCCUAGAGAGGAUACUAGGUUGUUGCUCAUAGCUAGUAGCCGAAGGUCAUUCUUAUGCUGGCAGCUUGUAAUAACAGAAGAAUUGUCUUGCUGGAUUUAAUUAGACCAAAGGUCCAUUUAGUUCAGCAAUCAGUCUGCAAGAAUGACCAAUCAGAUGUCUCUGGGAAACUUACGAGCAAGUCAUAACACUGAUAGUCUAUUCCUGGUGACUGCCUAUAUUACUGGAUAAUCAAGGAUACAUUGUACAGGUGUUUAUGUGCUCUGAAGUGAUCAACUUUUCUUAUCCAAUUGCAUCACUAUUCUGUCAAGAGGGCAAUGCUGAUCCUGUUUCUCCAUCACUCACUGUGCCAUUUCAGGAUCACCCAAACCUAGAGUUGCAUCACUCUAAACUAAAUGAUUGGCCAUAGCUCACAUAACCCAGUGAAUCUGAUGACUGGAGCAAUGCACUGAAUUCCUGAAUUGCUCUUCUGCAAGGGGGCUGCCGCUGCAUGUUCAGAAAUAACUUGAUAGAACGUGUGCCUAAGGAGGGUUAAUCACCACAGCAGCAACUUGGCAAUCCUUUAUGUUCUUAUAGGGGAGGGGAUGCCACUGGACAGCAGUAGAUUUUUAGCAGGAUGGAGACAGCCCUGGUUCCAAGCAUUUGGAGCUAGAAAGUGUGGGUGUACAAAGACAUGCUUUCUGCUUCACACCAAUUUACACAAUUCUGGGCAUUUGAGGGUCAAAGACUCUGUAAGAAAUGAACUCCUAGUACAAGCAUGAGACUGACAACCACAGGCCUUGUACAACUGUAACUUCCAUGGAGUAGGCAGUGUUGAAAUCACGUCCCUUAAUGCUAACCCCAGGAUUAGUUUAGAACAAGGCAUGCAGGUGAGUGCCUUCAUUAGACUAUAAGCAUGAAGCUAGUCCCCCACGUCCUUCAAGGGAGCUGUAGCAUCACACUUCUGCUCCGACCUGUAACCGGCAGUGUACUCUCUCCUUCCCAAGGCUUGGCUAGAUAACAUGCACAGGUAAUGGUCUGCUGCUGCAAAAUGCAACCCUCCCCAUGUGACUCAGAGGCAACACAUGCUGUUCAAAUUCACAUUCCUCUUUGGGAACAGAGGUCUCUGGCCUUUAGUGCAAACAAACAAACAAAACAAAAACUCCAACCAAACCAAGUUGGAGGGAAACAAUUCAGAUCAGUGGCAGGAUACCCACUCCAUUUGUAUCUGAGAAAUCAUGGGCAUUACUUUGAAGUGAAAAUGUGAAGAAACUGUGAAACCACAACCAAACAGUAUUGCUCUUGCCAAAUAGGGGGGCGUUCUCUUCUCUUCAUAACCAGACUGACUCAUGCAUUGGGAACUAUUAAAACACAUUUUUUGAAAUCAUGCUAACGAAGGCGACUGUCAUGGAGAAAGACCCAAGAAUGUAAAUGGCUGAGCUUUUGGCCAGUUAGGACUGAGAUGGAGUGUGUCCACCAUGUAGCCACAAGCUACAAACAAUCAUGUGGCCAAAACACAGCCCUGCUCCUGUGGCUUGAUGGUUAUGAGAAGCCAAAAAGACAGAAAACCUGUGCAAACUAUGCAGGGUGUCAUAGUCCUGAGUGAAAUAACCAGUAUCUACUCAACUAUUAUCUGCUCCUGAAAAACUGUUAAAUAACUAAUUAAAUAAAUCGUAUUCUUGUGGUACAGGUCAUUUCGAACAAACUGAGAAAUAAAACAAAUGU